CAUAAUAAAAUAAACGUUGCAGAACCAAAUACGCUAGGCCGGUGUUAUUUAUGUACCCACUAAGUGUUCUAAUUGCAAAAACAUCGAGCUUUUAUCAAAACAUUUAAUCAAAAAGUACAUAGAGGUCGCACACGAGAUACAGGAAUUGCAUCUGUACUUGCAUGUUGCAUAGGCCUUAGCCACAUACACAAGAUUGAAGAGUUAGCCCUGCGUAAACAAAACACUGUUGACAUUUCAGCAACUGGCUGAAAUAUGAAUGAAUCUGGAGCAAAAGCCAAGCUCGAAGCAGAAAGCCGACUUCUUCCUCGAGUCUCAUCGUUGAAUAGGGGAGACAUGGCAAAGCAGUCGUUUGACGUCGAAGUGGAACCUCAGACGAGCGGUGCCCUCAAGCGCAAACUGUUCAAAUGGCGGCGAUAUCUUAUUUUGAUUUUGACUCCUCUUGUGCUGCUCCCUCUGCCACUGACGCUUCCAAGCACGGAAUCCCGAUGUGCCUACUGCAUUCUGAUCAUGGCAGUGUACUGGGUGACUGAGGUGGUGUCGCUCGCGGUGACUGCCCUCCUACCCCUCGUCUUAUUCCCCAUGCUGGGCGUGGUCGGGUCCAAGCAGAUCAGCCCUCCCUACUUCCAGGACACCAACGUGCUGUUUAUGGGUGGGUUGAUCGUGGCGGUGGCCAUAGAGCACUGGAUGUUGCACAAGAGGAUUGCGCUCAGGGUCUUACUACUGGUCGGGUCUCAACCGAGAAGGUUGAUGUUAGGCUUCAUGCUCGUGACGGCUUUCCUCUCUAUGUGGAUCAGCAACACAGCUACCACCGCCAUGAUGGUGCCGAUAGCUGAGGCUGUGCUCUCAGAACUCAAGAAAGAAGAGAUCAAACAAAAACUUGAAUCAGAGAGUAAUAGUGACACUGUGAAUCAAAAUGAAGGCUUCUCCGACGGCCCAGUGAACAACGGGGAAGAGGAUACAAAAAACGAUGACAUUGGAGUGACUUUGGAACUUGGCAUCGUUAAGCAGGCGGAAGAGAUAGUGACAGCCGAAGACAAAAAUCAGAUCGAAAAAUCCCAAAGCGUCGACCUUCUUGAUGACGAGACCCAGACUGAGAUCGACCGUCGGUUCAUGCGGAUGAGUAAGAUGUUACUACUAAGCAUCGCGUACGCUGCCAAUAUAGGCGGUACGGCGACCCUUACGGGGACCGCGCCUAACCUGGUGCUCAGCGGCCAAGUAAUAAAGUUGUACCCCAAGAGCCCUGGAAUCGGGUUUGCUGAUUGGUUCUUUUUCGCCUUCCCGGAGAUGCUCAUUCUAUUGUUCGUAGCGUGGUGCUGGCUUCAGGUCCUGUUUCUUGGAAUAAGAUGUGGUUGCUGUAAAAAGUCGCAUCGAAGCGACAAGGAGCAAGACAAGGCCGUAAGAGUUGUUCUGCUGAACCAAUACAAGGCUCUUGGUCCAAUGAGUUUCGCUGAGAUCGCCGUGCUGGUUCACUUUAUCAUGCUGGCACUUUUGUGGCUCUUCCGUGACCCAAAGUUCAUGAAAGGCUGGUCCGUGAUAUUCCCCGAAGGGUACGUAAAAGAUGGUACGGUCGCCAUGGUAGUAGCAUUCUCGUUAUUCGUCUUCCCGUCAAAAAAGCCAGAAAUUCUUUGUUGGAAUCCUGAAGGAAAAGUCACCAAGCCGCCAGAAGCGCUACUCACAUGGAAAACUGUGGCACACAAACUUCCCUGGAACAUCAUCAUUUUGCUGGGGAGUGGCUUCGCCCUGGCUGAAGCCUGCAAGGUGUCUGGCUUGUCAGAGUGGCUUGGUCUUCAGUUGGUUGGACUUAACACCAUCCCUAGUUAUGGCAUUGUAGCUAUCGUCUGCAUCCUAAUCACCACCUUUACAGAAGUCACGUCCAACACUGCCACGGCUACCAUCUUUCUGCCAAUCCUGGCUUCUCUGGGUGAGAAUAUCAAUGUUCAUCCAUGGUACCUUAUGAUACCUGCCACAGUGUCUUGCUCAUUCGCCUUCAUGCUGCCAGUAGCCACUCCACCAAAUGCCAUUGUAUUCGCUGGUGGAGAACUGCGCGUGUCAGACAUGGCAAAGGCUGGAAUUGGAAUGAAUAUUUUGGGUGUGGCCAUACUGCUUCUGUGUGUUCAUACUUAUGGGAUGACGAUGUUUGGCUUGGACACGUUCCCCUCAUGGGUGGAGCCCAGAGCAGGCACUAACACUACUCUUGUUUGUAAAAAUGUGACCAUCUAGUCUCAGCCCAUAGACCACUUGGAAACAUAUGAUUUGAUUUGUAUCUUACAUUCUAAUGCUUUCGAUUGGACCCCUGAUAUUCUCUGAGUCUCAGUGUCUAUAUUCAACUCAGAAAUAUGUGCAUUGGCAUUAUGGGAUUACAGGUUAUUUCCAAUUUUUAAUUUGUUUAAUUUGCACCUUAAAAUCAUCAAUCAUGCUUGACUUUGACCAGUGCAGAACCCCAUAACAAGAAGCAAAAAAAAAAAAAGAUAGUUUGAACUCUGCACUCAAAGUUGUCUAG